CUACUGCAAUCCGAGACUAUGGGACGUCCCGGAGGAAUCUCGGAUGGCCUACUCCAGGCCGCAGGGUCCUUGUGGAUUUUAGGCAACAUAUAGAAGAGCCUGGGCCUGGGCUCGGCGUCCCCGAUGAGGCCCUUGUUUCCAUCCUCCAGAGUGGGCAGGAUGUCCUCAGAAGGUGUCCGAAAAUAGUGCAUGGUCGUCGGACUGACCGUCGGGGAUCGGGAGGGUAUGUCAUGGAGGACUUUCGCACAUAUGCUGACGCAUCAGCACCUGUGGUGAACACCUAAAAAUAAUGUUUAAAAAUAGAAAAAAACAUCAGAGAUUGUGAGGCUGGGUUCCUAACAUCUCCCCAAAUAGUUUUCAUGCAGAUUCAUAUGAUAUAUUUCACAAUUUAAGCAAAAUCAAAAAUUGGUCUGCAUCGUGCUUUGCUUUGUCAACAAUGGCAUUAACAUCGGCAUCAGAGCCAUCCUUCAAGCAUACCCUCCGCAAAUGGACAGACAGGCUUGCUUGUGUUUUGAGACAGCGUGGACAGAGCAAGUAGUGCCUGUUUGCUGUUUUACUUGAAUUAGAAAAAAAAGGCAUUACUUAGCAGGGCAUUACAUACAAGGCAUUACAAAGCAUGGAAUGUAAAAAGGAGAAUGGUACUAUAUCAAAUAUUACAAAAUAAUAAAGUAAUACCCCUAUACAAUUUUCAGUAUGUGAAGAGAGAAAAUAAUUCAGAUAUUACUUUUUUGUAGAUCAUGAAGAGCUGAGUGUAUUCUAUAUCUACAGAUCAUAUCAACAUAUUUUGAUAAAAAAUAAAAGAAAGGCUUACCUUUGAUGCAUUUAAGAUUCUUCACCAUGAAAUUCCAGUAUUUAUAAUGCCUGUUGCAUAAAGCUCCUCCCCCCACAAGCUAUUGUUGCAAGCUGAAAGGGGCGUGUUCUUACCUGUGUUUUUGAAGAUGUGUCUCUCAUUUUGGUUAAACUUCAGCAAACUUGCAGACUUUUUCCAAGAUUGGCUUUUUCUCCACAUUUGAUUCAUCAUUUCAAUCACACAUUCCCCAAGGUCUGGAAAAGAUAAUAAUUGUGUCUGUACAUAAAUGGAUGCAUUUCAUUCACACACAGAGCAACUGUGGAACUGCAAUGCAGUUUUGCAUAAUUUCUUCAAGUGAAACCAGUUUGAAUGGCCCUUCCCCAAAAGAUGUGAAACCAAUUUGAAUGGGCCAUUUACAAUUUCUAAAGCAGCACAUGAAUAAAGGGGUGGGGCUUCACUGCACUGGGGCUCUGUUAACCAAUGAGCAAAGACUUUGGCAUCAGAAAUACUGGACUGAUUUUGAAAGAAUUCACUCUCAGAAAUUUCUGAAGCAAGAAGGUUCCUGCCACUUCCCACAGAAAUCUACCAGCUGAAAUCUACUGAACUUCCGAAGAGCAUAUUCCUUGGCCAUCCAUUGAAUCAAAAGCAAUUCUAAUUGCUACCUUCUACUUCUAAAGCGCUGUUAUUCCUUGGCAAUAGCCUUUAAAAGCAAUUUUAAUUGCUAUUUAGUCAAGAAGGGUUUUCUCUUCAAAAAGCCUUUUUAAUUUGCUAUAUUUGAUUUGACCAUUCUGCCUAGAGAACUAAAGCUUACAUUCUUAAUUUGCUAAAUUUGAUUUGACCAUUCUGCCUAGAGAGCUAAAGCUUACAUUCUUAAAGGUUAUUGUUCUAAUUUGUCUUUCUUCUGAACAGCCGUAAUUCUUCCAGAGAUUCAUCUUCACUCACUGUCUCAUCUUAAGAAAUGGCUGGGGAAAAGAAAUCUGCAGCUGCACAUAGACACUAUCUACUCUGUCCAGUUUGUUUGAGGACCCAAGAGUCUCUAUCCUGUCACCUGCGCAGAGUCUGCAUGAAGGAUAAGACACCACCACAGAUCCUAGAGGUGGUUGAAAAGGCCAAGAAAGAUGUGUGUGACCUCCUGAAGAAUGGACGGGCUUUUAGUUAUGCAGUCCUGAAGCAAAUCGUCUCAUCACCAAAUCCAAUCGAAGGAUUGAUUGAGGAGCUGAAAUACCAUCACUUGUUUGUGACAGGAGUCCCUCCUCCUCUGCCCAUUGGUAAUCCAAGGUUGGUCACCGAAACCCUUUCUGAAUGCCCUGGGGAGGCACCCGGAGAGACAGAGCCAUCUGAUGUGGAAUCUUGCGGCAGCAAUGAGCUUUUUCAAUGUAGACAAGAGAAAACGUAUACCAAAGACAAAAUGGUGAAAGCGAAGGAUUUAGGCAUUUUGAAAAAGCAUUCAGCAGAUCAUCCAUUGCUCAAGCGCUUUGCCGACUACCUAAAGAAUGAUUACGAAAAUGCAAAGUACCAACAGGAGGUUGACACUGUUUCCCGGUACCUGUAUUUUGCUGAUCCUACGGAACCAUCUUUGAAGUUUGUCAAUGACAGAGAGAAGCUCAGAGACUUCCUGGGUCAACAGGCUAAGGCAGGGUAUAAGGCACAAACAUCAGGAAAUUACAUCAAGUGCUUGAAAAGGUUCUUGGAGUUCCACUUGACAAGGACCGGCUUGAGACAGGAUGACAGGGAGCUCUACAAGCAGUGCACGUUAUAUUUGAGUUUUUUAACUUCUUCACAGAGUGUCCUCUCUAAGCAAGCGAGCAAAGAAAUUGUGCAAAAGAGGCAUGCCUUGUUGUUUGACAAAAGUCAACCCACACCUCGUGAAUGCUUGGCUGUUCUUGAUAAAGGUGAAGGUGACUUAGUGAAAAUCAUGAAUCAACUUGAUGACAGUUCUUCUUCCUCCCUGAGUAUGACUGAGUGCAUAUUUGUGCUAUACUAUCUUGAGGCAAUUGUCAUACUAAGACACUGCCAACGGCCAUGUGUGGUGCAGAGCAUGAAGGUCAAGGAAUGGCUUGAACGGAAACACGCAGAUGAUGAUUCAAUCGUUUUUGUAAAGGACCACAAGACGGCUGCACAUUUUGUGGUCUCAAUUGUCCUGUCCAAGAAGGAGGAGGCGUGGUUUGAGAAAUAUUACAACAAAGUGCGGCCACAGCUCCUUGCUGGCGAAAGGAAACGUAAGCGAGAUGAGCAGGAUGAGAAGGAUGGAGAUGAUUUUUUCUUUGUGUCCUCCCGCGGUAAGCCAAUUUACAAUGCAGCUGGUGAUCUGAUAAAGCUCCAGCAAAAGUGCAACGUCCCCCAGGUGAGCAGCCAGGUUGUACGGAGGGUAUUUGAGACAGCAGCUAACCGCCUGGAUGACCCUCAGAAGAAAGCAGUUUCUGACUACCUGGGAUGAGGACUCCAAAAUCGUACCAUGACCCGUUUGGUGAGAUGUUUCAUAUGUUUUUUAGUGGAUCAAUUCUUGGCAUGUAUGGAUAAACUUUCUGAAUAUGAUGCGUGGCCUUUGACCUUUGGGGGGUGGUGGGGCGGCGGGUGACUCCUAAAGCUUACAGGGCAUCUGCCUUCAGAGACACAUAUGACGUGUCCCUGUUUGGUGAAAUGUUUCAUCUGUGUGUUUGUUUGUGCUGAUGGCUCUUUAAAGGAUAGGGAUGAGGACUCCAAAAGCGUGAAAUGACCCAUUUUGGUGAAAUGUUUCAUAUGUGUUUUUUAGUGCUGAUUUUUGUUUUUGUUGUGUAGCUGUUUUGCAACUUGUUCUAGCUUGUGUAACUUAAAUUGAGGUUCUGUGGUGAUAUCCUGUUUCUUAUCUUUAGAGAUAUAUCAAUUAAAAAUCGUAUUCAUUCUAGAGGACUGCUGAGGUUUCUCUCAUUUUGGUAAACUUCAACACACUUGCAGACUUUCUCCAAGAUUGGCUUUUUUUCCAAAGACAGAGAUACACUUUCAAGAUAUUUUAUUAACAUUUGCACUUCACAUUUUGAUUCAUCAUUUCAAUCACACAUUCCCCAAGGUCUGGAAAAGAUAAUAAUUGUGUCUGUAUGUAGCGGUUGCGUACUCUCUCGUUGCGUUGUGAUUGAGACCACGAUGGAACCAUUGGCAGCCAGCCGUUUAUUCUGGUGGAAUAUUUAACAUGGGAAAAUGCUCGUUGAGAACCCUCACAAUGGCAGCCUCUCACAGCCGGGGUAUACAUAGACUAGCCAUUUACAUGGAAAUAAAUAUCACAUUAAACAAAUUAAUAUUUGAAUGGGCGUUUGGUGACAUACCUGGUGGAAUAUUUAACAUGGGAAAAUGCUCGUUGAGAACCCUCACAAUGGCAGCCUAACAUGGGAGAAAGACAAGCUGAAGUAGCCUACACAUUCUUGGCGAAGUCCACGCUAGCUAAGUAGCUACGACCAAAGCACAUGGUAGCCAAGCUAGCGAUCCUAAGCCUAAAGUCCAUUUAAAUGUAAUAACCGAUUCCAAGGAACACAAUAUAUAUAUGUACAAGCAACCAAGUAUUAAUACAGGAUUAUGUACAAUUAGACUCCCGUAAUACAUCGCCAAAGUGUGGAUUCAUAUUUAACUGCUCUGACUACCUACCUCUCACAGCCGGGGUAUACAUAGACUGAGGAGAGGAGGCAGCAACGUACAAUACAACCCCCGCAUUCCGCUAGGGGGAGCUCUAGCACUCCAACCAAGGCUCCCACUACCACAGCCAGCGCAAGGAUCUCGCUGGCAAUGGCAAGUGGGAAGCAUUAACCCUGCUACAUGUACAUAAAUGGAUGCAUUUCAUUCACACACAGAGCAACUGUGGAACUGCAAUGCAUUUUUGGAUAAUUUCUUCAAGUGAAACCAGUUUGACUGGUCCUUCCACAAAAGAUGUGAAACCAAUUUGAAUGGCCCAUUUACAAUUUCUGAAGCAGCACAUGACUAAAGGGGUGGGGCUUAGUGUAUUCUCCAACCGCACCACUCAGUCCGAUUAGGGCACCCGUUUCGGCCUCAGACGCGACGUUGUCCCGCUGCUCUGGAGCUCUGGGAAGACUUCCAGACCGUUGGCGACCAACCGCACCACUCAGUCCGAUUAGGGGACCCAUUUCGGAAUUUGAGUUUAUCUGAAAUAUGAGGGGUGGGGAUGAAACUGAGGCCCCUCUCCAGCAGCUGAGUUUCCGUUUCUGACAGAUGGAAGAUGGUGGAUAGGUUCAGAAUGUUAGAUUCCUGGGGACGGGGGUGUCCCUGUUGGGACUUAGUCCCCGCCCGAAGUUUAACUGAUCCAGCCUGUGAAGAUGUGAAUGGCACCUUCAUUGUUUUAAACCAUGUUUUAAAAGAUGCACAUAUUCCUGUCUGGCUGUUAGCCGUAAUAGUCUGCAGCUGUGGCUCAUAGGCUAAUUGAGCCACACCCAUUCUGGUGCUCCUUAAGAAGGCCAGGGUUUUAGACUGGAGGGAGGCUUGAGUUGUGCAAGUGACUCGACGGUUGUGCUAUGUGUUUAAAGUAAAAAUAUGCUUUUUAACAACAACCUUGUGCGUCGAGAAAACUCUUUUUCACAUUUGGUGGCAGUGGUGGGAUGAUUCCUCUAGCUGAGUGGAGGGGACCCACAUUUCGGAAAAUAUUGUUUGAGGAGCUUCAUGGUGGAAGCCGCAGGGAAGGGUGAGCAGGUAGACGAAGAGACCUGCUGGGAGGGGAGAUCACUGGUGGAGUUGAACUGCUGUC